AUGAUCAAUUUUUAUUUACAAAAUGCCGUUCAUUAUUCUCUCCCAGAUCUUUUAUGGUCCGCUCCUGAACUUCUUCGUGACAAAAAUUCGCUUCCUCGUGGGACUCAACCUGGGGAUGUCUAUUCGUUUGCCGUGAUACUGUUUGAGAUCUACAGCAGGAAAGGCCCGUACGGUGACACGGAAUUCACGCCAAAAGGCGGAAAUGCUGAUCUAAAUCUCUCUCUCUCUCUCUCUCUCUCUCUCUCUCUCUCUCUCUCUUUGGAAAUUGUCGAAAGAGUUCGCCGGUGUCACAAUGGUAUUCCUUUCCGACCACGUUUGGCCGCCUUAGAAACAACAGAUAGGUACAUGACUGAUAUAAUCAAAGAAUGUUGGGAUGAGGAUCCCAACAAGCGUCCCGACUUUAAAUCUAUCCGACAAAAGCUGAAACCUCUUCUGAAAGGAAUGAAAUCCAACAUAUUUGACAACAUGAUGGGAAUGAUGGAAAAAUAUGCUAGCAAUUUGGAAGCCGUCAUCCAGGAUCGAACCGGUCAGCUGAUUGAAGAGAAGAAAAAAACGGAAGAACUGCUGCUGCGAAUGUUACCCAGGUAA